AUGCGGGGUUUCCUGUGGACGUUGUUCCCGCUACUGGCAGCUGCGGGGGUAUAUGCUAAUGCAUUGACUUUGGAAUCUCCCAAGAUCACAAUAACCGGUUCCGAUGCUACUCAGCUUCGGACAGAAUCGCUACUGCUUAAGCAGAAGGACAAGCCUGUGCUUUCCUUGGGCCCUACUGAUGUUCUCAAGUUGACAUUCCAAAUCGUGGAGAAGGACGGUGGCAAGGGCGUGCAACCGCACCAGACAUUCCUCCGCUUCUACGAUGAGGUCUCUGGGGAAGAGGGCAUUCAGCCAGUACGCGUCACUGCAGGAGGAAAGGCCAAGUUUGAGCUGAAUAUGGCUCCCCCGCCUCUCUCCCUCCCGCCUACCACCAUUAACCCUCUGAAGGUCACCCUUCUGCUCGGCUCUUUCGUCCACUCGCCUGCAAAAUAUCAAUUGUUCGACUUGUACGUUCCCGAGUCGCAGCCGCCUCCGCAGCAUCCCGAUGAGGUGGCCUUCCACCUCCGUCCGGAGAUCCAGCACACUUUCCGUCCCGAACAAAAGAUCCCUGCCAAGGCAUGGUCUGGGUUCUUUGCCGCGUUUGUCUUCUGGCCAUGGCUUGUCCUCUUCGGUUUCUGGGGUGAACUGAGCCCGCGGGUCCCGAAUUUGUUGUCUCCAUAUAUCUUCCCUUUCAUUGCGACCCUUGCCGCAUUUGAAGGGCUGUUGAUACGGUACUGGAUCGACCUCAAGCUCGGGCAAGUACUGCUGUACGGCGCCAUCCUAGCCAUCCCUACUGCUUUCACCGGCAAGCAGGCACUCGCCAGAAUUGCCCAACGCAGAUUAGGUAGAAAGUGA